AUUGUCAGUCAUAAUUUGCGAGUUAAGCCUCUCCUCGAAGGCGAACGAUCGCAGCAAGGUCAGAUACUCCACUCCUUAUUUGAAGUACCAGUCACAGAAGAGUUCAGAGAAAUGGAAGUGGAGAUUCCGCGUCUGCGCGAGCGGAGCAACCACAACACAAGCAGUAGCGACUGGGCCAACGCUCCGCAAUCACGAUCUGGCGGGCUUCAAAGGUUUCCUGUUGAGGUUCACAUCGUCUCGGACAAGGCGCACCAGCAACACUUCAAGGACAACACGAAACUAAUUUCGUACUUGGCAGUGAUGAUGAACGCGGCUAACUUGAGAUACUUGGACACGACCAACCCGAAAAUCGAGUUCCUUCUCGUCGGUGUAACACGUGUCACAGACUAUCAGUUCGCGCGAAUUGAUGGCCGUUAUAUUGAUGCUGGAGAAAUGAUAGAUGGACUAAAGCUUUACAAAAGUCAAGGAAGGAUACAUGGGCACCAUGAUGUGGUGUACCUCAUCAGUGGGUAUGACAUUUCAAAAUGGCUCGCCAAAGGAAAAAGAUACAAUGGCAUUCGUGGGCGUGCAAAAGUGGGCACAGUCUGUACUGAACUUGGAUUAAGCGAAGGAGAAGAUAGACCUCAUGGGUACCUGGGUGUGAACACUAUUGCCCAUGAGCUUGGCCAUACGUUAGGGGCGGUGCAUGAUCAUACCCCCGAGUGCCCCUGGAAAGACGGGUAUCUCAUGAGUUACGAAGAUGGAGGACUCAAAAAAUUCCGGCUUUCGCCGUGUAGCGAGAGAAGCAUUAGGAAUUAUGUAAGUACAACACCACCGGAAUAG